AUGAUGAUAUCUUAUAUGAUUGAUACACAAGGUUAUUUAACAAUAAAUUGUGAAAUAAUUUCACAAGAUAUGGAUGAUUUUGAAUAUGCACCAAAAAAAGAAUAUCCUGGACCAAUUGGUGUUGGCAAAACGGAAUUAGUAAAAGCAUUAUCAUUAGACUUAUUUGAUUCAAUAGAAUCAAUGGUUGUUAUUAAUAUGAACAAAUAUGAAAAAUUUGAUUCAGUUACUCUAUUAAUUGAUGUACAAUCAGAUCAUGUUGUUUAUGGACAAUUAAUAGAGCAUAUUCAAGCACAACCUCAUGCUGUUAUUUUAUUUGAUGAAGCUAACAAAGCUCAUUCACUAGUUUGGAAUUUUUUAUUACAAGUUUUCAAUGACGAUUCUCUGACUGUAUGUUUUAUGAUGAAAAAAAACAGGAAAAUUGAUUUAACACAUACAAUUCUUGUUUUAUCAUCAAAUAUUCGUUCAAAACAUAUUUUAGAAGAAAUUAAAAAUCUAACAUCAUCAGAAAAACCUUUCAAUGAAAAAAUAUCUCCAACAAUAAAGAAUCUUGUGAUGAAAGAAAUGGAAUCAGCAUUUUCACUUGAAUUUCUACGUGGUUUGGAUGAUAUUGUAUUGUUUCAAUCACUUAAUGAUAAUCAACUUUUUUCUAUUAUUCAUCUUAAAUUAAAAUCACUGGAGGAACGAUUCAAAGAACAAAAUAUUAAAAUUAGUUCAGCAGAUAAAGCUGUUCAAUUAAUUCUCGAAAAAGCUUGUCGUUCAGAUCGUGGUGCUCGUCCAUUGACAGAAUAUGUCGAUGAUUUUAUAAUAAGUGAAUUAUCAAAACUGUUAAUGCAAAACAUACUUCCAUCAAAUAGUCAUAUUACAAUUGAUAUCAAUGCUAAUGAUCAAUAUGAGUUUCUCUGUCAACCAAUGACUUCAUCAACAUCUCAUACAAAAUAG